AUGUUAAUUGUUGAAAAAAUAAAAGAAGAACAAGCAGAAAUUUUAGCUUCAGAUAAAGAAGUUAAUUCUGUACAAAAAAAAUUACAUACAACUUAUAAUACUACAAAAAAAUCAAAACAAAAAAUAAUUAAUUUAGCCUCUAAUGAUCAAAUUGGUAUUAUACUUGUACUUGAUGAUUGGAAAAAUAUCUGUAAUCAAUCAUUGCUUGGUAGUACAUUAAUACUUUCCUCUAGUGUUUCUUUAAUUUGGAAAGCAAUUGAUAUUAGUGAAAAUUUACAAGAUGAAAUUGAAACAGACAAAAGUGAAAGCGAUUAUAGUAUUUCUUUAUUAGAUAAUGAAAAUGAAAUAUAUGCUCAAAAAACAAUAAGCGAUUCUGAGGAUAUUAGAUUAGAACAAGCUUGGAAAAAUGUAGUUAAAAACUGGUUUAAUAUACUAUCAGAAGAAAAUAAUGAAGAAAAUCAAUUAACAGAUUCAAAAUCUAAACAAGAUAUUACAAUUUAUUCUGUUAAUAAUUCUAAAGGCAAAUAG